GUGUACCUGUGUAAUCAAAUUAUAUAUGACAGUCUGACAGAAGACACCAUUCGGAAGAAACGAUCAGAACUACAGAUACAAGGAAUGGAUGUGGCAAUCGCCAUGAAACAGUCUCAAGAUGUGAUCACCACACUCAGCAAUAUCUGUCAAAG